CAGUCUCCUAGUGUGAGUGACAUAAUUGUACUGAGCAGCAAUAAAUAUAUAGCAUACAGCCAAAAAAUGAAUACAGCCAUGGACGCCCUGCACAACUUUGGGGUGACCUCGACGCAUUACCUGCAGACCCACUAUAAGGACGCCCAGAGCUGGUUCCUCUUCGUGUCAUUUGCUGCGGACCUCAGGAACACCUUCUUUGUCUUCUUCCCCAUCUGGUUCCACCUGCGGGAGUCUGUGGGCAUCAAGCUCAUUUGGGUGGCUGUGAUCGGAGACUGGCUGAACCUGGUCUUCAAGUGGGUACUGUUUGGUGAACGUACUUAUUGGUGGGUCCAUGAAACACCCUAUUACAGCAAUGGGUCAGCGCCUCACAUCGAGCAGUUCCCCAUGACAUGUGAGACAGGCCCAGGUAGCCCAUCGGGUCAUGCAAUGGGAGCAGCAGGUGUAUACUAUGCCAUGGUCACUUCUAUAAUUGCCAUCCUUCUGAAGAGCAAGAGAAUGUCCAACUCCUUCAACUGGUGCAUGAAGGGCACACUGUGGGCGUUCUUUUGGGGAGUCCAGGUCUGCGUCUGUCUGUCCAGGGUGUUCAUCGCUGCACACUUCCCCCACCAGGUCGUUGCUGGGGUUAUCACAGGCAUGAUUGUGGCUGAGGCCUUCUCCAGAGUGCAGUGGAUCUACAGCGCCAGUCUGAAGAAGUACGUCUACAUCACCCUGUUCCUGCUCAGCUUUGCUGUGGGUUUCUACGUGCUGCUGAAGUUGCUGGGUGUGGAUCUGCUCUGGACCCUGGAGAAAGCAAAGAAGUGGUGUGUCCGUUCUGAGUGGGUCCACAUGGAUACCACACCCUUCGCCAGCCUGUUGCGCAACAUGGGCACUUUGUUUGGCCUGGGCCUAGGCCUGCACUCUCCCCUCUACACCGAGAGCAAAAAGGGCACCAGCGCCACCUUCAGGGGUGGCUGUAUCAUCGCCUCCCUGGUGCUGCUGCACCUGUUUGACUCCUUCAAGCCCCCCACCCACACUGCGGCCCUGUUCUACCUGCUGUCUUUCUGCAAGAGUGCCACCGUGCCCCUGGCUACUGUUAGCAUCAUCCCCUACUGUGUAGCAGGGGCUCUGAGCACCAACAGCAAGAAGCAGCUCUGAGCUGGAGGACUUGCAUGAGACUGAUUAUCUGAGGUCCUACUGAGGAGCUAGGUCUGAACUAUGAGUCAUCGUAAAGCAUUGAAUGGUCUUUACAGAUGCUUCAAUGUCACAGCAGUUCAAUACUGUCUAUACUUCCAGAACCCAAGAGCUCAGCUCAAGAACAGCACUUAGCUUGAGAUUGAGAGCCCAGUCAACACUCUGGAAGAUCUAGGAAAAUUCAUCAUUGACCUUAGGGCUGAAUAGUUCUCUCAUGCCUCACUCAAAUGACAGGAAAAAACAAGCUGGGAUCCCCGAUUGUAUGAUCCAGUACUGUCUUUACUGUAUAUGUUCUGAAUAAUAUGUGACCUCCGUGACCACGAAGAGUUCUGGACUCAGAUAAGCAACUGUGGAUAGGAUUCAUCAUUUCUUAUGCCUUUCACUACAACUGAUUUGUCAUUUCAGUGGCCAUCUUACUUUCUACUAUAGUGAAUACUAUAUUUAUUCCAAAAUCUGAGCCACACCCUGGGGCUUGUUUAAUUUAUUGGUGCUUUUAAAAAGAAAAACAACAUAUUGUUGGAAUUUGUAACAUGCAGACAUUAUGACUGCAGUUUAACUCCAUUAGCACUGAAUGCCAAUGAGAUCAGCCUCCUCCAUUGCCCAAGAGUCCAUAGUGAAAGCACUGGCAUAUCAGUAGUAAUGAUGUUGAUGUUGUUGACAAAUGUUGUUGUUUUUGGGUACAGAUUAAUGAGUCCAAGGUGUCAGGGCACAAACCCCACUGGAAAGAGUGGAGGGGUCCUUACCUGUCACCGCACAGCAUGAAACUGUGGAAAAGCUGAACUUAAGUUUUCAGGAGCCAUUUGACGUUGUUCAAGACUGUUCAAAUAUGUGGGGUUUUCCCUCAUUUUUAUUUUUAAAAAGAUGUUUGUUCUGUCAUAUUCUAUUUUUUAAUUAUUCCAGAUUAUUUAUAAUAAAAGGAUUGAAAUA